GUACAUUCUCAGUUUGAUCACAACAACCGAACUAUUCAUAUACAAAACUUAAAAUACUCACAGAAAUGGAACGUUGGCAUAAUCGUGUUGCUGUGGUCACUGGCGCCAGUUCUGGUAUUGGUGCGACUUUCGUAAAAUAUCUCGCUAAUAAUGGUAUGAUCACAGUCGGCUUAGCACGACGUAAAGAACGCAUCGAAGCGUUGCGUGAUGAUGUGAAAGAUGAGGCUAAAGCACGCAUACAUGCGAUUAAAUGUGAUAUAACAAAUGAAACAGAAGUUGUAGCCGUCUUCAAAGAGAUCGAGAGCAAGUAUGGACCAGUUGCAGUGCUGGUAAAUAAUGCGGGCGUCGUGCGCCAUAGCGAUUUGUUGAAAGAGAACAACUCACAAGAUAUACGCGCUGUGAUCGAUACUAAUGUUUAUGGUAUUGUUUGGAGCACGCGUGAGGCCUUCCGUUCGAUGAAGGCGCAAGGUGAUGAUGGUCAUGUCUUCCUCAUCAAUAGCGCUGUGGGGCAUGUAGUGCCGUAUUUGCCAAAUAACUCACUGAAUAUAUAUCCACCCUCGAAGCAUGCAGUCACUGUGCUGGCCGAGAUGUAUCGUCAGGAGUUCCAAAACUAUAAUACUAAAAUCAAAAUUACGAGCAUUAGUCCCGGUGCUGUGAGGAGUGAAAUUAUCAAUGAAGAAAUUGUAAAAUUGAUGGAUAAUAAUGUUUUAGAUCCAGAAAAUAUUGCCGAUGCGUUAAUUUAUUGUCUGCAGACGCCACCGAAUGUACAGAUACACGAGCUUACGAUAAAGCCGCUUGGAGAAAAGUUCUAAGCGCUGCGUAAAAUUAUGUUACGAAUUGUUUUUGUUUUGUUUUGACUUCAAUAAAAGAUACAAAUUUAUUACAACAAAAAAGAGGAAAACAUUUUAAAAAGUAA